ACGGAACAACCAGUUUCCGGUCAACACUUGAGUCCCGCCCCACCAGUCUGUGCCAUCUUGUAUUUAGCUAGAACAAAAACGGUUUGAGAAACAAGUCCAGCCUCAGGAUGGGGCGCAGAGUUUGAGACCAAUUUUAUGACUAUAUUUUAAAAAUAUUUGGUGUGAAUGGACAAUAUGCUUGGAAUCGGGGCACCGCGGAGAAAAGCCAGCCACACCCCGCAGGACAGCUAAUGUUAACGGUAGCUUCAAGCUGAUAAAGCUAAGCUAGCCAAUUAGCUAAGGGCUAGUAACCCAGUAACGUUAGAGAGACAACCGGGGAGCUUAAAGUUUUUAUUUCAGACAGCGUGAUUUUGAAACCGUUAAUUAAUUUCACUGUUGCUCUGAAAUCGGGAGGGACCUCAGUGGGAAUGGACCGAACGUCGGUUUGAUUAUCUGCUGAGAAGAAACCCGGGCUAUGAGGAUAGAGGCUCGUUAGCUCUGCUGCUAACAGUUGUUUUUCGGUCCAGAGCGGAACCACAAUAAGCCGCGGCCCUGGCCAUGCCCUCGAGUGCACGGGCGGGCAAUCUGAAAGACCCGGAGGUGGCAGAUCUCUUCUGCAAAGAUGACCCGGAGAAGCUGUUUGCUGACCUCCGCGAGAUCGGCCACGGCAGCUUCGGAGCAGUGUAUUUUGCCCGAGAUGUGCGCAACAAUGAGGUGGUGGCCAUCAAGAAAAUGUCGUACAGCGGCAAGCAGACAAACGAGAAAUGGCAGGACAUCAUUAAAGAGGUGAAGUUUCUGCAGAAACUUCGCCACCCUAACACUAUUGAGUACCGGGGAUGUUACCUGAAAGAACACACAGCAUGGCUGGUGAUGGAGUACUGCCUCGGCUCGGCCUCAGACCUCCUUGAAGUUCACAAAAAGCCGCUCCAGGAGGUUGAAAUAGCUGCUAUUACCCACGGUGCACUGCAGGGAUUGGCAUAUCUUCAUUCUCACAAUAUGAUUCACAGGGACGUGAAAGCGGGCAACAUCCUGCUAACGGAGCCUGGUCAGGUCAAACUCGGGGACUUUGGUUCUGCCUCAAUCGUGGCUCCGGCCAACUCCUUCGUGGGGACUCCCUACUGGAUGGCUCCAGAGGUGAUCUUGGCCAUGGAUGAGGGCCAGUACGAUGGCAAGGUGGACGUCUGGUCGCUGGGCAUCACCUGCAUAGAGCUGGCUGAGAGGAAGCCCCCACUGUUCAAUAUGAAUGCUAUGAGUGCCUUAUAUCACAUCGCUCAGAAUGAAAGCCCCAUCCUCCAGUCCAACCACUGGUCUGAUUCCUUCCGCAACUUUGUUGACUCUUGCCUACAGAAGAUUCCCCAGGACCGGCCUACCUCGGACGUGCUGCUGAAUCAUCGGUUCUUGUGCCGUGAGCGUCCGCUGACGGUGAUCAUGGACCUGAUUGCACGAACCAAGGAUGCAGUGCGGGAGCUGGACAACCUGCAGUACCGCAAGAUGAAGAAGAUCCUCUUCCAGGAGACUCAGCAGAACGGCCCUGUGUCCGAAGGAGGAGAGGAUGAGGAGGUGAGGAACUGGAGCAGGAAUAAGUCUGAGGUGGAGCAGUACCUGCUGCAGACAGGUACAGUCAACAGCAUGGAGAGCUCCCAGUCAGUUCCCAGUAUGUCCAUCUCAGCCAGUUCUCAGAGCAGCUCAGUUAACAGCCUGGCGGACGCCUCUGAUGACAGCAGCAGUGAGAUGGCCAUGAUGCAGGAGGGCGAGCACACCGUCACCUCCAACAGCUCCAUCAUCCACCGGCCCACGGGUCAGGAUAACAUCUAUGACGACCCUUACCAGCCUGAGAUGGACCAACCCCAGGUUCCCUCAGCUGGACGCCGUCGAGCCUACUAUCGCAACCGUGACCACUUUGCCACAAUCCGAACUGCUUCCUUGGUGACCCGUCAGAUCCAGGAACACGAGCAGGGCUCAGCGCUGCGAGAGCAGAUGUCCGGAUACAAGCGAAUGAGGCGGCAGCACCAGAAGCAGCUGAUGGGGCUGGAGAACAAGCUGAAGGCGGAGAUGGAUGAGCACCAGCUGAAGCUGGACAAAGAACUGGAGAACCAGAGGAACAGCUUCUCCACCGAGGCCGACAAGCUGUCCAAGAAGCACCAGGCCAUCCUGGAGAAAGAGACAAAAGCAGCUCUGGCAGAGGAGAAGAAGUUCCAGCAGCACAUACUGGGCCAGCAGAAGAAGGAACUGACCAGUUUACUGGAGUCGCAGAAACGCCAGUAUCGCCAACGCAAGGAGCAGCUGAAAGAGGAGCUGAGCGAGAACCAGUCGACUCCGAAGCGUGAGAAGCAGGAGUGGUUGAUCCGUCAGAAGGAGUGUUUGCAGCAGAUGCAGGCGGAGGAGGAGGCCAGCCUGCUCAGGAGGCAGAGGCAGUACUACGAGCUGCAGUGUCGGCAGUACAAGAGGAAGAUGCUGCUGGCUCGCCACAACCUGGAACAGGACCUGCUCAGAGAGGACCUGAACAAGAAGCAGACCCAGAAGGAUCUGGAGUGCGCCAUGCUGCUGCGACACCACGAGUCCACCCAGGAGCUGGAGUUCAGGCAGCUGAGCUCGGUGCAACGAACUCGGGCCGAACUGAUCCGAACACAACACCAGACUGAACUGACCAACCAGAUGGAGUACAACAAGCGUCGCGAACAAGAGCUAAGACAGAAACACGCCAUGGAGGUCCGCCAGCAGCCCAAGAGCCUCAAGUCCAAAGAGCUGCAGAUUAAGCGUCAGUUCCAGGAGACCUGUAAGAUCCAGACUCGUCAGUACAAAGCCCUGAGGAACCACCUGCUGGAGAGCACUCCGAAAUCCGACCACAAAGCCGUCCUCAAACGCCUCAAAGAGGAGCAAACACGUAAGCUGGCCAUCCUGGCCGAGCAGUACGACCACUCCAUCAACGACAUGCUGUCCACACAGGCUGUGAGUAAGCUGCGGCUGGAUGAGACCCAGGAGGCGGAGUACCAGGUGCUGCGGAUGCAGCUGCAGCAGGAGCUGGAGCUGCUGAACGCCUAUCAAAGCAAGAUCAAGAUCCACACCGACACCCAGCACGAACGAGAGGCGAAGGACCUGGAGCAGCGGGUGUCCAUCCGCCGAGCGCUGCUGGAGCAAAGGAUCGAGGAGGAGAUGCUGUCUCUGCAGAACGAGCGUUCAGAGAGAAUCCGGACUCUGCUCGAGCGUCAGGCUCACGAGAUCGAGGCCUUCGACUCGGAGAGCAUGCGGCUCGGCUUCAGCAACAUGGCGCUGACCGGGAUCCCGGCCGAGGCCUUCAACCAGGGCUACCCGACCCCAAGCCCGUCGUCGGGGUCCAGCGGCUGGCCGUCACGGCCCGUCCCCCGCUCGGGCAGCCACUGGAGCCACAGCGUGCAGAACUCAGUGGCGACUCCGUCCUGGCGCAGUCAGAACCACGGCGGAGGAGGCUUCAGCCGCGCCGAGUCCAUCAACUCCCCCCACGGCCUCGGCAGGGACAGCGAGCUGAACAAGAGCGGCAGGGGGCACCCCUCUUCCUCCUCCUCCUCCCACCACCACCACCACCACCAGCAGCACUACCUCCCCCAGCACUACCAACACCACCAGAGCACGCCGCAGCUCUACCGCGACGGCCACGACCGCGAAAGCCGGGAGCGCGACCGGGCCAGGGAGUGGGUGGGAGGAGGGGGCCACUACUCCCAUCACUCCCAGGGCCACCACCACCUCUCCACCCACGCCUCCUCCCAGUCCCUGGCUCUGCUUCCACCGCCACCUCCACCUCCCCCCAUCUCCCUCUCCACCUCCUCUCCUCCCUCCUCUGCCUCCUCCUCAUCAUCGUCACAGGGAGGCUACGGAGGCGGGGGCCUGAGCGUCAGGGGCCCCAGUCUGAUGGCCCUCAGGAACAGCCCCCAGCCUCUGAGGAGGACGGCCUCAGGGGGGCCGGGGGGCAGCGGGGGGAGCGACGGAGGGCUCAGCCGGAGCACGUCGGUCACGUCUCACAUUUCUAACGGCUCUCACCUCUCCUACUCAUGAAACCGCCUGAGUUCUGCUCUCUGAUCCGAUCCGAGAGCGUCGUUCUGCUUCUGUAAAGAAGAGCAACCAACGGGGCUACAAGGAGUUUGAGCUCAAUACAGAGGACAGAAGCAGAACUACACCCACUUCACACAGAGAGGUUAGUUUUAAUUUUGGUGUGAAAAGGCUCCACAGAGCUGGAGCAAAGUAAAAUUGAUCGUUAAAAAAA